AGACGGGAGGACGUCGUCGUAUAGUCGGAGACCAAAAGCAGCGCGGACAACGGAGCGUUUUUUUUAGCGUCGUCGCGUCGGCGGUUUGUGUAAAAUAUAAAUAAAUAAUCUAAAAUAAAAUAACAGGCGCCUUAGCAGAGCCGAAACAAAUACAACAAAUAAUCUUGGAAUCGUAUCAAGAUUAAAUGCCAUGAUAAUAUUCAAUUGUUGUAAGUGUAAACAAAUAGUGUAUAAGCGUAUAAUAUACGUAGUUUUAUUAUGUUAUUAAGAGCAUGAAAAGAAAUUCGCAACAUACCGAAAGCAAAAGGCACAAAUAAAAAACAUUGUACGGUUGCCGCAGUUGCUACAAAAAUAUACAACAACUAUAACAACAAUAACAGCGGACAACAACAACAAAACAAACAACAACAAGAAGUGCGCGCGAAAGAAAUAGCACGAUAUACAAUAAAUCCCAAAAGCGGCAGCAACAACAACACAAACGCAUUGGUUUUGUUAAGUGAAGUGUGUGUGUGUGUCCGUGGGUGGAAGCGAGCGCGUCUAUCACGGCUUGCCCGUUGGCUGGCCAGUGUUGCCACAUAGUAUUAAAUGCGGGGGAGAGAAAAGAGUUGCAGCCGAUAACACAUGCGUCCAAAUUUUUUUGCGAUUGCUGUUUGGCUUCCUGCGUGUGUGUGCAUGUGCUCUGUGCGUUGCUGUUUUGUUUAAUUCAUGUUAUUCCUUAGCACAUUCACUCAAAAUGUAUUAGAAACACAAAAUCAAACUGCAAAAGCAGCAACAACAACAAUAGCUUCACAGCUGCGCCACGGCAGUAACACCAACUGCAUCAUUGGCAGAAGAUUAAAAAAACAACAAAGAAGAAGAAGAAGCAAAAACACCGGUGUUCGUGUGUGUUGGAGCGUGAGCGUGUGCUUGUGUGUUUGUGGAUGGCAAGGAGGCAACAACAACAUCAGCAGCAGUGUGCACUGUGAAAGAAGUAGCAACAGCCCCGCCACACAACAAACAAGUCACCACCAUGUCCGCCUCCGCCACUGAGGAUGUACAGAUCACAAGCGUUGUGGAUGGCAAUGGUCAGAAGCUGCCGAUCCAUGGCACAAGUAUCGGGAGUAUCAUUACUCCCGUUAAGCAGGAGCGUCAGGAUGACGCCGAAAUACGUGAAAUGGCGGCAAAAAUGAAGGAGAUGCAGAAGCAACAGGCCGCCCAACAGGCGAGUCGUCAGGCCGCCAUGCAGCAUGCCAAUGGCGGUGGAGCCGGUGCCAUGCAACCGCCCAUGACCAAUGGCAAUGGACAGACUAACAUAAUGAGUUAUUUGUCGCGUCAUCAAAAGAUGCCAAAUGGCACAUUGCAAGUUGUGCCCGCACUGGCAUCCAAUGGACGCGCCAAUGGUGCUAUUAUAUCCAGCGAGGGCAACGAGAAAUCCAUCACAAUACCCAAAACGUCUGUCACCAAUACGGGGCCCUGCGACGAGGAGUCAAUCAAGGGUCACUUUGGCUGGUGGCAGUUCGGCAAGGUCUCAAUACCCUAUAUAUAUAGGCAAUCAGAGAAAUAUUGCUCAGUGCGCAUGAUCGAACUGAAGCUGUUGUGCAAAUACCUAAACUACCUGCAUCCGGACAUCUAUAGCAGCUGUACUUGCGUCCGCAGCUACUAUAUCACCGAUGCCGAGGCCCGCCUCUUUAUCGAGAUCAAUCAUAAGCACUGUGAUGGAGAGUUCGGACGCGAUAUAUUCACACAAAAGGAUCUGGUGGUGCGAUUAAGUGAUGCGGCCAAGUUCCAUCAGUUCCUGGAGAUCUGUUAUCGAAAACUGGUGUCCGGUAGCAAGACGCCGCCAGAGAAAUGUGGCUUUAUACGCAUCAACAAGGAGUCUGUGGUGCCCUAUACGGUGCGCAACAAUCAACAGGUAGUGCCGCUGUUCUAUUUCGAGGGCGAGACUGACAAUCUCAAGACCAAGGCUGAGGCUCUCAAUGGCUGGGAUCUCGCCUAUCUGAAAUUUUGUUGCAAAGUCCAAGGCAUACGCAACGAGCUCUUUUCCAGCGAAAGUGUGGCAGUCAUCUCGCUAACAGAUAUCAAGAGUUACUUCCCCAAUGGUACCGAAUUCGAGGACUACUGGCCCAGCAAGGUCGUUGACUCCAAUCUCCUAAUUGGUAAUCGCACCAAUGUCAAUAACUCGGUCAAUUGGACUCGCCAGCCCUCAGCACCGCCACCCAAGGUUGCUGGUGGUGUCUCUAGUAGCGGCGGUGGUGGUGGGGGCGGAGCCGGCGGCGUAAAAAAUGCUCAACAACAACACUCAGCCGCCGUGAGCACUGCCGUAGCACAGCAGCAGCAUCUGAUGAAGCAGCGAGCAGCGGCGGUAGCUGCCGCGGCAGCAAGCGCAAAUGGAGCCGCCACCCCAUUCUCCUCACAGGCAGCGGCAGCAGCGGCUGUGGCCGCCUUCAGCUCACAGAACGCCGCAACAGCCGCUAUGUUGCAAGGUGGGCCCGGCAAUAGUCGCAUGUUGGCCGCCCAGGCCACCGUUCAGGCCUUGGCCACCAGUGGUUGGAUGUCUGCGCAGAAUAAUUUGCCACAGCUGCAUGCACAAAUGUUGCAACAAGCACAACAAACGCAUGCAAACAGUCGGGUCCAGUAUCGUGCCCACAUGGACAACCUCAACAUGCUAGGUGCGAGCAACCGCCAACCGUAUUCCUAUAACAAUCCUGCGAUCUCCAUGCCCUCGGUCAACAACCACAGUGGACAGGGCAAUGCCCCACCCCCGCUGGUGCGGUCGGCAACUGGACAAAAUGCCAGUCACAUGUCUAAUGUCGAGCAAUCACUGGUGCAACAACAAACACAACAACAACAACAGCAACAACGACACCAAAAUAGUACAUUAAAUCAUGCACCCUCUUCCAAUACCCACCACCACCACCACCACAACAGCAACAGCAAUAACAACCAUCACAACAACUCCCAGACCUCCAUCUCUUCCUCCUCCUCUGCCUCCCAUACAAACCAUGGCAGUUCGUCCAGUCCCAGUCCGCAACAAUUGCGCCAGAGCAAUAAUAAUGGUUCUUCAGUCUCCAACAACAACAACACGUCCGUGUCCGCAGCAGCGGCUACAGCAGCCGCCGCCGCAGCAGCAGCGGCAGCUGCCAAUAUGCAUGCCCUUUUCGGCAGUCCCUUCAGCUACAAUAUGCCCUCCACCCGUGCCGACUACACGAAUCUGGCGCUGUGGAAUCAGCUGACGCCCUCCCAGCGUUUGCUCUUCACGCAACAGAUAAAAGGUGCUCAGGCUAUUAGUGGGGGUGGUAGUGGUGGCGGUGGCGCCGUUGCGAGCUCAGCUCAAAAGUCGCAUGCAUCCCUAUUGGGUGAUGCCCCCACGUUUCCGCCUAUACCAUCGCUACCUUUAGACACGGAUCUAAUAACUAUGUUGGACUAUAAUCCAAACAAGGCGAGUAAGAGCAAUAAAGCCGCUGCCUCUGCAUCCAACUCCUCGACGUCCGCCUCCGCUACAAGUGGUGGGGGUGGUGGCACGUUUACGAAACCAAAUGUACCACCUCUUAUACCAGACGGUGGUGCUGGUGGUGGUGGUGUUAGCUGCUCUAUUGGCGCCACAACAAUCACAGCGAGCAGCGGAAAGAAGCAGCGCAGUGGUGCAAGCUCUGGCACCACUAUACCGCUCAAUUCAACGCAGGCGCUGGAAGAUUUUGAAAAGAAAUUUAACAUGACUGACGAAAUGCGGGCUGUCAUACAAAAGGUGCUGGCCAAUCCCGAUCUCUCCACAUUCAUCCAGACGAAUGCCUCGCAAACAUUUGUGCCUUACAUGUCGCCACCCAUGUCGCCGGCGAUAAACCAAACAAUUGGCGGCAAUGUAACCACCCUCUCGCUGGCCUCUAAUCCCAACGUGACAAUAACGCCUCAAUUGCCCGGACACUUCCUCCACUCGCCGUCUAGUUCGUGCAGCUCGUCGAGCGCCUCGACAACGGCGGCUUCGCCACUCGGCAAUAGCAACAGUGUCGGCGGCGGUGGUGGUGCCGGUGGUGUUAAUGGCGGUAGCUCUACAGGUGCUGCCGGUAUGGCCCGACAAAAAAGUGUGAUAUGCUCGACCAAAACGAAUUCACUGCCCCUGGCCAUGCUCUCGUUGGCGACUAACUCCACACGCCAUAAGGUGGGGCACCAGUCCAGCGGUGGUGGUUAUUACCACCAUCAGCAACAACAACAACAGCAGCAGCAGCAACAACAACAACAGCAACGCCAAUCGCACAGCCAUCAAUAUAACUCUUCCCUAGGCUCCAUAGCAGGUGGAGCAACCACAACAAUCACUCCCUCCACAACUCCCACAGAAGUAAUUGAUUUGUCUUCAUCCCGAAGGUCGUUGCAAGCAGCCUCGGCGGCGUACCUGCAGCAGCAGCAGCAGCAACAGGUGGCGCAACAGCAGCAGCAGGCGGCGGCUGUGGCGCAACAACAACGCUUCGCAGCAGCCGCAGCCGCGGCGCACCAUGCACAGAAUGGACGGAGCGGCGGCGGCGGCGGCUCGGGUGGCUCCAAUAGCGCCUCCAUGCAUCUGCAGCGGCAUGCGGCGCACGCAGCCGCCAACAGUGGAGGUGACGGUGCCCAACGCCUCUGCGUCAUACCCGAAAUUCCCACGACCAGCAUCAACAUGCCGCCAUACAAGAUGCGCAAGAUCUGUGUGGAGAAACAUAUGGUUCCCUGCAUAAAUAUGAAGGCCUACAACGACUCUGAGCAGCUGAUGACGCUUACCGAGUUCCAAAAGAACUUCUUUCCCUCAGUCCCCCUCGAUCACUGCAAGCGUCUGAUCGAGGCGUUAGGAGUCGAACUAUACAAGGCCAAUCGGCGUCAGGUGCAAGUUCUCAUGGACAAUGAUAACUCCUAUAAUGAGAAUAUGCCGCUGGUGCAGGUGCGCGACAUUAUGAAAUAUAUGACGCAGCUGACGUUCAUGACACGCCAUCCGGAGCAGCCGCCAACGAAAAGGACGCGCACGAGCUAGGAAUUAAGCUGGGGAGCACAACAUUCAACAUCAUCGAAUACAACCACACCAACAACAACAGGAACAGGUACAUCAACAGAUACACAAGCCACCACCACCACCAACAACAACAACAACAACAAGCAUCAAUACAAGCAAUCAGCGAGCAGCCAAAUACACGACAACAACAAUGUGCCAUUGGCGCCACCACCGGCACCACUGCAGCAACAUCAGCAGCAGCAGCAGCAACAACACCAACAACAUCAUCGUCAUCAGCAGCAGCAGCAGCAGCAGCAACAACAACAACAACAACAGCAGCAACACUACCAAACACAAUUACAACAACAUUCGCAACCACAACAGCAGCAACAAUCACCACAAGCACCACACAACAACAACAACAGCAACACAUAUGAAAUGUUGUACUCCCACAACCUAAAUGCAAAUGCCGUGCACCCCCACCAGCACCAGCAGCAUCAGCAUCAGCAGCAGCUUACCGCAGCCGAGCACCAGCACCAGCAACACUACCAGCAGCAGCACCAGCAGCAACAGCACCACCACCAGUCCCCUCCUGCCCAGCAACAGCAUGAACUGCAGCGCCAACAGAAGACGCAUGCGCAAAAGCGUCAGCAUACAGACCACCACAGCAGCAGUGGCAACAGUGGUGGCAGCAUACCCGCCGCCAAGAGCAGCAAAUCGGCAGCUCAGCAAAUGGCCGAAGCGGAGCAUGCCUAUCUGGCCACGUUGUAUGGCAAGGCGGCGGCCAAUAUGCUCAGUCCACCACUGAGUGCACCACACGCCGCUGCUCAGGCACCACACGCCUUCGACUGGAGCACUGCAGCCGCCGCCGAGCAGCAGCAGCACCAGCAACAACACCAGAACCAGCACCACCCACACCAGCAACAAUUCCAGCAGCCUGCGGCCGCAGCUGCCGCCGCUGCUGCCCCAGGAAUGCGUCAGCAGCGGCAGUCCAUCAUGCACAGAAGACACAGCAUUUGUGCCGCUGGCAUUGCCAGCCUCUCACCCGCUUCCUCCACCAACUCCUCCUCAGCGGCUGCCUCACCGACGGCAGCAGCUGCCGCCUUAGCCGCCGCCUCCUAUUACGGCAGUGGUGCGGCUGCUGCGGCCGCAGCCGCUGCUGCUGCCGCCGCCGCCUUUACCGCACCCUACCAUCAUAUGAGCGCCCAUGGGCAUCAUCAUGCGGCAGCCGCGGCGGCGGCGGCUCAUCACGCACAUGGCCAGCCUUCGCCGACCAUUUAUCCACCAACGCCGCCGCCCUCGGCACCGUGGGUGCAUCCCUGGUAUGCGGGCGAUGCGUUCUGAGUGAGAGCAGCAUCAGCGAGGGAAGCGGCAGCAGCAGCAGCAGCAACAACAACACCUAGAUUGCCGCAUUAACAGUUACAACUGCAGAGCAAAGUUAUCGGCUUGUUAUCGAUUUAAAGCACGCACACACACACAUGUAUGCACCCGCACACAUACAUAUGUAUGUAUAGAUAGUGAUCUAAAGUUAUGUAUUUACGAAUGUUUUUUUUUGUCUUCUAACUCCUUGUCUAGCCCUUAAGUAGGUGAUUAAUUAAUGAAUUUUUUUUUAAGGCAUCACAUGCCAAUAGCCUAUGUACAUACAUAUAUUGUGCGUGUGUGUGUGUCGAUGGCAACAACAACAAAGCUGAUAUUUAUUGAUAUGUGAAUGUAAUUAACUGUAGUUGUAAUGAAUCGCUUUUAAUUUCA